AAAAAAGUUUUAAAAAAGUCUAUCUAUCCCAUGAGCUGUUUCCAGAGUUCGACACACACCUCUCCUUUCAUUCCUUCCCUCCUCUACAGAGCUCGCCGGUGAACCACCACUCGCCGGCACCGUCAAUCGGAAUCAUCACCGGCGAUGUUCACCUCCCUUUCUUCUUCUCCAUCUUUCUCAAUGAUCUCAAUUCCGUCUCGUUCUCUCUUACCUUCCUUCAUCGCCAAAAAGCCAAUUCUUCUCUCAACACUUCUGAAUUCUCAUUCCCUCUCAUUUGCCUUCAGACCUCCUUCUUCAUCUUCUUCUGCUUUUUCAAUUCGGAAGAAGAAAUUCAACAAUGGUGUACUCGCCUGUUCGACCUCGCCGUUCAUUGGACGAGUGGGGUCGCAGAGAAGAGAAGGCCAAGCCUCGCUGCUUUCCUUUGGGAUAAACCCACCGACGGCGAUUUCGGAAACCGCGAACAAGAGUAGCGACUCUUCUCAGCUCUUGUCUGCAAUGCUUCCUUUCGUCGUUGCCGCCACCGCCAUUGCUGCUCUGGCUCAACCUUCUACUUUCACUUGGGUGUCUAAGGAAUUAUAUGCCCCUGCUCUUGGUGGGAUCAUGCUGUCUAUUGGGAUCAGACUGUCCAUUGAUGAUUUUGCUCUUGCAUUUAAAAGGCCAUUACCACUCUCUGUUGGGUUUAUAGCCCAGUAUGUGUUGAAGCCAGCUCUUGGGGUACUAAUUGCGAGAGCAUUCGGUAUGUCACCGAUGUUCUUCACUGGUUUUGUCCUUACCUCUUGUGUUGCAGGAGCUCAGCUAUCGAGCUAUGCUAGUUUUCUGAGCAAAGGAGAUGUGGCCUUGAGCAUUCUUCUCACCAGUUGUACCACCAUUGCCUCAGUUCUUUUCACACCUCUAUUAACCGGCCUUUUAAUUGGCUCUGUUGUUCCUGUUGAUGCUGUGGCCAUGUCAAAGUCGAUAUUGCAAGUUGUUCUUGUUCCAGUCACUCUAGGCCUUGUGCUCAACACUUAUGCAAGACCUGUGGUGACGGUCCUUCAACCGGUCAUGCCAUUUAUUGCCAUGAUUUGUACUUCAUUGUGCAUAGGCAGCCCUCUUGCCAUAAACCGUGCACAAAUUCUUUCGCCAGAGGGGUUCCGACUGGUGUUUCCGGUGUUAGCAUUUCACGCAGUGGCUUUUACAUUAGGAUAUUGGGUCUCCAAAAUCCCAGUUCUGAGGCAAGAGGAAGAAGUUAGCAGAACAAUCUCAUUAUGCACAGGAAUGCAAAGCUCAACCCUGGCUGGAUUGCUUGCAACCCAGUUCUUGGGGAGCAGCCAGGCAGUUCCUCCGGCUUGUUCAGUAGUUGCCAUGGCAAUUAUGGGCCUUUGUCUUGCCUCUUUCUGGGGCAGCGGCUAUCGAAUCAGAGACCUACCGAACUUACUAACACCCUGAACUGGCUCCACUGUUAGCGCUUAGUAUGUAUCCUUCGGGUGCUGUAUUUUGGACCUAAUUUAGUGCAGAAAGUUGGCCAAGGAUGCUGAUAAAGCGGGAUAUUUAGAGUAGAAUGGAAGGUUAUGUGGUGCUUGUGUUUUAACUCGGUGGGAUAGUAGUGUUUGGAACAGAGGAGGAGGAACUGUGUAGAAGGCGGGAAAAUAUGGGGUUAGCCUAGAGUUGUUUAGUGUUGUACAGCUCUUUAUACGAGCAAGAAACUGAGUUUCUUCUGUAUAUACUCUUAAAAAGGUAUAUGCUAAAUUAUACAUGCGGAAAUGUUUCAUAGUAAGCAUGAAAAAAUGUGAAAUUCGUUUGCUCUUUUCAUCGUGGAGAAUUCUGUAACCGAGUACAAAAGUUGGCAGAGAAUAGAGCUUUUAACCGUCA